AUGUCGAGUGGAUCCGGCGACUUUCUCACUAAGGGCAUUGAGCUCGUACAAAAGGCAAUCGAUGCCGACACCGCUACCAAGUAUGAGGAGGCAUACAAACUAUACUACAACGGGCUCGACUACUUGAUGCUUGCGUUGAAAUAUGAAAAGAACAAUAAGCUGAAGGAGCUUAUCAAGCUGAAAAUCAAUGAGUACCUUAGUCGGGCAGAAAAGUUGAAGGAGCACCUUGAAAAGGGUGGCGAAACUCAAGGCAACACCUCGACGAAAGCGAAAAAGGCAGGCAACGGUGAGGGCGAUAAUGAUGAAGAUAAUAAGAAAUUGCGGGGUGCGCUUGCUGGAGCAAUUUUGCUGGAGAAGCCCAAUGUCAGUUGGGACGAUAUUGCUGGGUUAGACCAAGCGAAAGAAGCAUUGAAGGAAGCGGUGAUCUUGCCGGUCAAGUUCCCGCAAUUAUUCACUGGUAACCGGAAGCCGACGCUGGGGAUUUUGUUGUAUGGUCCUCCUGGUACCGGUAAGUCUUACUUGGCUAAGGCCGUGGCCACCGAGGCUAAUCUGACGUUCUUUUCGGUGUCGCUGUCGGACUUAGUGUCGAAGUGGAUGGGGGAAUCGGAACGGUUAGUGAAGCAGUUGUUUACUAUGGCGCGGGAAAACAAACCCAGUAUUAUAUUUAUCGAUGAGGUUGAUGCCCUCUGUGGUCCUCGUGGUGAAGGGGAGCUGGAAGCGCUGCGGAGAAUCAAGACCGAGUUGCUCGUGCAAAUGAACGGGGUCGGUAACGACUCGCUGGGGGUGCUUGUCCUUGGUGCCACCAACAUCCCCUGGCAAUUGGAUGCUGCCGUGAGAAGACGGUUUGAACGGCGUAUAUACAUUGCGUUGCCUGAUGCCGAAGCCCGCAAGCGGAUGUUUGAGCUUAACAUCGGUGACGUCCCUUGUGAGUGCACUGCUCAGGACCUCAAAGUGCUAGCAGAAAUGACCGAAGGCUAUUCCGGUCACGAUAUCGCCGUGGUGGUGCGUGAUGCCCUCAUGCAACCGAUCCGUAAGAUCCAACAAGCCACUCAUUUUAAGCCGGUGGAAGAUGGUAAAUUGACCCCUUGUUCCCCUGGCGAUGAAGGUGCGCGAGAAAUGAACUGGAUGGAGUUGGAGACCGAACAGUUGAAGGAGCCUGAGCUCACGAUCAAGGACUUUAUCAAGCUGAUCAAGCUGAACCGGCCCACGGUGAACGAGACCGAUAUUCUGCGGCACGUUGAUUUCACCAAUGACUUUGGCCAAGAAGGCAACUAA